AUGAGCGCGUCCCGGGUGAGGGUGAGGGAUGGGCUGGGAGUCAUGGGACAGAGGAGGAGGGAAGGAACGGCCCUUGCAGGCGCGGAAGUGAUGCGGGGUCCACCGCCUCGAGCUUCCAACAGACAGACCCCCUUACGGCUCAAACACGGCCCAGGUCCACGCUCGCACCUCCUUGAAGCGAAACGACACUCCGCCCGACUCGAACAGCUCUGCAACCGCAAAGGUACGAAGAACAACCACCACCAACCUCCUUUCACCUCCGACCCGGUCUGA